AUGGUGAUCUAUGAUAGUGAUAUCAAUAAUGGUAGGAGUGAUAUCAAUAAUGGUAGGAGUGAUAUUAAUAAUGGUAGGAGUGAUAGCAAUGAUGGUAGGAGUGAUAUCAAUGAUGGUGGCAGAGAUAUUAGCGAGCUUUAGAUUCUACAGUGGAGGUCAAAAGUGUUGGGACCUUUCCAGUGAUAUUACUAAAACUAGCGACUCCUCCCCUCCCACCCCAAACAAAGUUGAAUUUGGAGCAAAAUGGGGGACACUGAGUGCUUUUUUGGCCACAACAUUGCUAGAGGAGGUGGGGGACGACGAUGGGAUGAACCCAAAGCCGAACAAAAAAUUGUCCUUAGGAGCAGAAUCCUACGGAACUAUUGCUUCGAAGGGCUUUUUCAAACAGUCCCAAGUUCGUUUGUCCUCCAUUGUAGGAUGAGGACGACUACGAGACCGAGAUUUUCUCAAAACGUAGCAGUGCGCGCGCGCUUUAACCAGCGUCAUUUUUGGCGGGAAUACGUGAUAGCCGUCGUCAUUCUCUACUGGUUUUAGCGAGAAUGUCAUAGUGACAGAAACAAGUUACCAAAUGUUAGAAAUUUGCUCAUUUUUGGAUCGGGAGUGGGCUUAGCCUGCUUCAAUUAAAAUAACAGUGUUAACUUUUCUGAUGAAAAGGUGUACCUAUUUUUUGGGAAUACGCGAUAAAAACUCAAACUUCGUUCUUGUAGUCGUCCUUGCGUCCUCGAUUCUAAAGGCCUCUACUAAUGAUGGUGAUGGUAAUGGCAAUGGUGGUGCUAGUGAUGGUGAUAUCAAUGAUAGUGAUGAUGAAAUCAAUGAUGGUAAUGGUGACAGUCAAUGAAAGUGAUGAUGAAGACAGAAAGGCCUCUAUCAAUGAUAGUGAUGGUGAUAUCAAUGAUUGUAACAUCAAUGAUGGUAACGAUGGUUUCAAUGGCGGUGAUGAUGAAAUCAACGAUGGUGAUGGUAAAGGUGAUAUCAAUGAUGGCGAUGGUGAUACCAAUGAUGGUGAUGACGAAAACAGGAAUGGUAUUGUGUGCUGCUGGUGA